CUUUGACAUAUGACGCGAAUAUUUGUUGAAUAAUUUAUACGAGUUGAUCUAUUGCAUAAUAAGAUUGUUUAUAGGAUUAUAAAAAUGGCUUCGAUUCCUCAAUCUUUCUGGCUACAUUAUGGCUGUUUUAUGUUGUAUCUUGCCGUUGUAACAUGUGACUAUGCCUACAUGAACUUGCCGACUCAUCUAAUCUAUGCAGGGAGGUUUAAAUUCUUGACUUUUUGGAGCUUUUUAUUCGGCCUUUUCUACAACAACAUCGCCGCAAUCUUUGACUUCCUUGUCUACUCGAAGGAAAGGGACAACGAUAUAUGGAAGAGCAUUCGUGAUUAUACUUUCACUGUAAUCGUUUUUCCAUUGUCAAUGUUUGUAUGUUCGAUGUUUUGGAUACUCUACACAGUCAACCCAACAUUCAUGCGUAAACCAGAAGAAGACAAACUGUAUCCGUUCUGGAUGAACCAUGGUUACCACACACUACCAAUAGUAGUUUGUUUCAUUCAAGCGUUUACCAUCCAGCACAUAUACCCAAGAAAGUUAUUCGCUCUAAUUGGUUUAAUGUUCUUCAGUGGUGUCUACAUCGGUUGGUUGCUCUGGAUCGCUCACCAUGCACAUUUUUGGGUGUACCCAUUUAUGGAGAAAAUGUCCAACGUUGGUGUCUUCAUCUUUUUGAUAGCAUCAGGAUUGUUGACAUUUGGAUUGUAUUUGAUCGGCAAGAUAUUUAGUGAAUUUGUUUGGCGUACUGGUAAACCAAAGUCAGCAUAGGUCUAUGAAAAUAUUCAUAUGAGUGAAACAAUUAUAAUAAAUGUGACGUCUAUGAAAAUAUUCAUUUGGAUGAAACAAUUAUGAUAUGACCAUAAAAUGAAAGUGUAAUGUGAUGUGUUUGAUAGAAUCUUCAUUGAAUUGUUAUAUUUUGUAUCUUAUAUCAUAUAUAGC